AUGUCUCUUCCCCAGGCCAAGCAAGACAUCAACGAUCACCCUGCCCCUGGUAGUGUUGUCGAGCCCAUCGACCGCCGGAAGCUGCAGACCGAUGUCAACCGCAAGCUCAAACUCUACGGCAUUGUCGCCGCUAUGAAGCAAUCCCGCCUCCCUACCAACGCCCAACUUGAUGCCCUUCUCGCCAAUCUGUCCCACAACACCCUCUCCCACUCCAACUCGCUCUCCCCAGAGGGCCAAAUACUCGUUCAAGACACCCACGACAUACUCGAGACGUUUCGCGCGCUCGUGCGCGAGAAGAACGCGGACGAACUCCUUCAGAACUUCAUCUGGCACACGCGCGAUGUCACCCUCGACGCCGCGAAGCGCGAUCCCCGCGAGGGGCUCCCUGUCGAAGGAGGCAAGAUGCGCAUCGACGGCCAACUGGCCGCUCGCCAUCUCCGUACGCUUCUCUCCCUCAUCUUCACCAACGGCGAGAUUCGCAAGCUCGUGGCGGACUUCGGCAUUAUUGGGCGCGAUUUGCUUGCGCGUGGGGCGGAGAAGGUGGCGGAGGCAGCGCGUCCGGACGGAGAAGCGUUGCGGGGAGUCGACCAGCCGGCCCCGGCCCAUACCUUCUACACCGAAGGAGGGCGUGAAGCAGCUCCGGACGAAACUCCCGUCCCUGAGGUCUCAGUGCCUGCCGCUGACGUCCGCGUUACGCACGGCCCUCGUGGCGACGCUGGGUUAUCGAGCACUGUUGUCAAGCAAAGUGACCACCAGGUCAAGGGCGGGCCCGAGGCUCUGGGGGAUGCCCAAUGGAGGGCAUCUCAGUACAAACAAGAAGCUCAGCGUGAAACCGAUAGGCAGAUUGCCGACAUGGAGCAGCGCGCUGCUGUGGGCCAGCCUGUCCAAGACGAGGAGGAUGUACAAGAGCGCAAGGCAACCCUACAUGAGAAAUUCAGUGGUAUGAAGAGUUCGCUCCUCGGCCGUGUCCCUGACGAGCACAAAGAUCGCGCGAACGAGCAUGUUGGUCGCGCAAAGCAUUUCUUCAAUGAUGAAUACUUCCCGUCAGAACGCCGCGAUCAAUUCGUUUUCCGAUUGAAGAAAUCACGAGAUUAUCGAGAGUCCGUCAACUGGCUACUCAACUUCCUGGAAGAAUAUGCUUCACACGGACGUACCAUCGCUUCCCAACACAAGGAGUCGCAGCAAACCCUUGCCGCCGACCGGUCACUUCAGCUGUCGCUCUCCGAAAUUCGUACGCUCCUCGAACGCUUCGCCAAAGGACGCAGCUUGAGCACUAUAGGCGACGCGAUGCACGUGCUCCACGACGACGCGCUCCAAGAUGAGGGUUUACGGCUGUGGUUCCGUCAAGUCGACGAGUUUGUACACGAAGUUCUCCUACAGCCAGGAUACGUGCUCGAUGGUCAAAGUACGGAGCGGGCGCGCGAGUUGCGAGAUACCGGUCGACAAUUCUAUGACGGGCAGUACAAGACUCACUUCGACAACCUCUUUGAAACCACAGAAGAUUGGUUCAAAGCAUGGGCUGAUGACUCGCUCAACCGACAGUUGGGCGGCAAUGUAUCAUCUCUCACAAAAAACUUACUUUUCGAUCGCGAGGGGCGUCUCGAGUUCAAGCCUGAGCUCUGGGCGGACGUGCGCCAGAAGAUCAUUCCCGGCUUCAUCGAGCAGAUCGGCUACCUUCCCAUUCCGCGCAUCGAGUACACGGAUGACCAGUACGAUGUUGUCAUCGAGAACCUCGCCCUGUCCGGCAAGAACCUCUUCCCUAACAUCAUUCAUAUGGACUUGCACAACCACGCUAAGUUGAGCGCAUAUGACAACAUCAAGGAUGAGACCCACCACGAGUUUACUCUCACUCUCGCGCAAAUCCAAGCCGACAUGCGAGACGUCGCCUUCUACUUCAACAAGAAGACUGGCACACCGAAGCUGUCAGACUCGGGCCUUGCCGACGUCCUCCUCGGCGGCCAGGGUCUUACGAUUACUAUCCACCUCGUCUCUUCCCACAAGGACCGCUCAUCCGUGUUCAAGGUGAAAGACGUGCACACGACCAUCGACACACUUAAGUUCGGCAUCCGCGACUCGAAGCACGACACGCUCUACAAGCUCUUCUCUCCGCUCGCGAAUUCGCUCGUAAAGAAGCAGUUGCAGAAGGCGAUCGGCAGCGCGGUGCACACUGCGUUCGAGUAUCUCGAUGGACAGCUCGCCAGAGUUCGCGACGUGAUGGCGGAGGAGGGCACCCGCGAGGAGUGGCGCCAGAAAGAGCUGCUGAAGGAGCAGUUAGAGCAGCGCAAGCGGGAGGCGGAGAACGCGAAGGCGAAACAGGACAAGUCCGAAAGCCAGCUCAAGGUCGUCACGGAUUCGAGCGAGAAGCUUCUCCCUGAGCAGGGGCAUCCGGGUGGAUGGAUGAACCGUGCGGAUGAAAUGCGGCAGUCUGCGCAAACCGGCAAGGAGUGGAGGAGCAACGCGUGA